GUAUUGUAGCAGCAGCAAGUUUCACGUGAUAUAUACAUUAUACCCCAAAAUAAUACAAUGGUCUGUUUCUGUUUUCUGGUCGAUCAACAGCGGAAGGUGCGUCGGAGCAAGCCGGCGGCGGGAACCUGUUCGCGGUGCGGGAGCGGGGCAAGCGUGGCGGAUAUGAAGACAGCUACAAGAUUUUGUCAUGAGCCUUUCUAUUGGAAAUCCUGGAAAGCCAUCAUAUGCACAUUUUGUGGAGCCGUUCUUCGAUCCUACCGAUAGAUCAUAGAGUUUUAUACAGGCCAACCAGCCAGUCUGUACUUGUUAGUAAUUUGCAUAUAUCCUGAAACUGUCAUAUAUUGUAUGGCUCUACAGCC